AUGGCCGCCUACCGCACAGUCGACUUUUGGGCACCGGCGCUCUACGCCAACACCAUUGAGGAGGUCGCCGUGCCCGAGCCAGGACCGAGCCGGGACCCCAUCGUCCGCCACCUGCCCAUCAAGUAUGGCGAGUUUGAGAGCGUCGGCGUCAUCAAGCGCAUGGCCGCUGUCAACGGUGGUCUCCUUGUCGCCGACGACCAGUACCGCAUCUCGGCCCUGUCCCUCCCUUCGCCCGACGACGAGACCGCCGUCCCGCUCGUGACGUCCCAAACCGCCAUUCCCGUCCCCAAGGCCGGCAGCCAGUGGACCGGACUCGCUGCGCUGGGCGAGGGCGCCAUCUCGUCGCUCGCCUCGGGCCGCGUGAGCCUGUUCUCGUCGGGCGCCGACGUGAGCGGCACCCUCAAGGUCGGCCGGCCGGUGCUCACCCUCUCCACCCCCUCGGGUCCUGGCGUGGGUGGUUCCAACACGUUCGCGCUCGCGGGCAAGGAGGUCGAGAUCAGUGUGUGGGACGCGACGCGCGCCUUCUCGGCCACCCCGUCCUCGACAUCAGCAACGGCAGCUGCUGCGAACAAGCGCAAAAAGGACGACCUGGCCCCCGGAGAGGUCUGGCGCGCCAAGAACGUUGCGCACAACUCGCUCCAAAUCCGCCAGCCCGUGCACCACCUGUGCUCGUCGUUCCUGCCCAACUCCACCACCGACAUUGUGACGGGCACCAAAGCCGGAAAUGUGCGCCGGUACGACACGCGCCAGCGCAAGCCCGUGGGCGACUGGAAGGCCGCGCGCGAGGGCGGCGUCGGCGCCGUCAUCCCCGGCGCAAACGAGCACGAGCUCUUCUUCGCCGACCACUCCUCCCUCACCGCCGCCAUGGACCUGCGUACCGGCCGCAUGCUGUAUGCCGUCCCCGGCGUUGCCGCCAGUGCGGCGUUCAUGCUCGCGCUGCCGACCCCGUCCCCGGCGUUCUCGCGCACCGCGGGCCUGGCGACGAUUUCGUCCGACGCGACACUGCGCGUGUGCGCCACCACCCCGCCGGCGCUGCACCCGUCAAAGGGAAACGCGUCCGUCACGCCCGGCAAGAAGGGCAGCGUCGUCGGCGCCGUGGGCGGUGUGGGUGUGGGCUCGUUUGUGUUCCGCGGGUUUGGCAGCCACCGCGAUGUGGUGCCGCCCAAGCCCGAGGGCGAGGACGCCGAGGAGGAGGAUUACGAUGAGGACGCCGAGGUUGGCGAGGAGGAGGAGGAGGAGAUCUGGGGCGGUAUGGGCGAGGCGGAGGCAGGGGACAGCGAGGACGAGGACGACGACGAUGAUGAGGAGGACGACGAUGAGGACGAGGAGAUGGACAGCGAGAGUGAGAGUGAGGAUGAGGCGCCCAAGAAGAAGAAGGGCAGGAAGUAG